GUCCUCUCAUUCAUUCUUGAGAGAACACUUGGAGAAUCUUUUCGUCAAGUAGGGUUAUAAGGGGAUUCGUUUUUCUUUCUGCUUUAUUUAACUUGACAGCAUUUGAAAGCCAAGUAAAAGAUAGUGCUUCAACAAAGGGAUAUUGGAAGAUAAAGAAAGCAACGUUUUCGUUCUUGUGGGCGCCUACCAGUAUUGGCUACUUUGAUAGAAGUGCGUAUUACUGGAUUCCAAUAACUGUAAGACCAUGGCCUCUCGCAAGAGCAUUCUAAGCUCCUUGGGUUGCGGUACUGCCCAGCGCAGCCUGUUUGGUCCAGUGGACCAUGAUCAGCUGCAGCAGGAGUACCAGCAAGCCCUUCGUAAAGACCUGGAGGAUACCUCGCGACGCUGGGGCUUUGACUUCCUGCUGGAGAAGCCCUUAAAGGGAGGCGACUUCCAGUGGGAGGGCGUUCCUUCCACUACGGUGCCGCUCGUCUACCGCCCAAAUAUGGUGGGCAUGAACCAGGUGGAGGGACAGAGGGGGGUGGGCUCUUACAUAGAGGCCAGGGCAGGGCUCUCGCUCAGUGGGAAAGAGAAUGUCCUGUACACCCCUGAGAGGGAUGGAGCUACCAUCGUCCAAAACCUGGAGAAAACGCCAGGGAGGGCAGAGAGAGAAAGGCUGAAGAGAAAACAGACCAACAUAACAGACUUCUAUGCUGCUAAAAGAAGAGUGGUGGGAACUCCUAGGAAAUCCGGUCAGUGAUUUUGAAGGUUCAGUCAGAAGUGAGAAACGCUAACAAUCCAACAGAACCACAGACAACACCACUUCUCUCAGGAAACUCACUACAGAGACCUUAAUAUGCAUACACUCUUACUCACCCAACCAAACAAACUGUCUAAAGCAAUGGGAAAAGAAGAAGAGCCUCUGCUCAUUAUACUGUACUGAAUUAUUGCUCAUGUGUGGUUUAUUUGUGUAAUGUAUUACUGUCUAAAGCGCCCCCCUGUGGUAUGGAAUACAUACUCUAUUCAGCCAGUUCAGAUCUAAAUCAAUCAGUGGACUUCCUCUCCCUUAUCAGUGGCCAAAUGCACUAAGGGCAUUGAAACAUUCACUGUCUGGAUGCCUUUGUUUCAGUACAUUCCACACCACUGUAAUGGACUCACCACAAUUCUGCCUCUGGGUUUACACUUUGUAAGAAAGGCUGGCGGGUAUCAGCCAAUAAGAGACCGUCUUAGUAAAUGUAUCUGUUAGAAUCAGUUCGAAUCAUAGAGAAUGACGGUUGGGUUACAGUAAAUCCUCUUGGUAACAUCAUCAACAUUAGACUGUAUUACUGAGUAAGCCUUAAGUCUCUGAGACUUUAGAUUCAAAUAUUCAUUUAUUUAUUUUUAAUAUUGUAUAUUACGUCACUACGCUGUAUCAUGAAGUUUGUGGAAUGUUUUUUCAUUAGCACUUAAUUUCUGUCUUUUUUCUGUUAACUUGAAUUUUGAAGUUUUGUGUAUCUUGUGUACUCAAAGGAAACUACUUGAAUCAGUACUUUGUUUGAAUUCUAUUUUAUUAUUGAUAGCAAUCUCAGUAUGUGUCAUCCCACUCUGUUUGAGCUGUUGUCAACAGCUAUGUUGGUUGCUCUUUCAAACCAAGACAUACUUCAAACUUACAAUCACAUUUUUCUGAAUGUUAUUACAUAUGACAUUAUGCAAAGCUUUCUUGCAGAGUUGCACAUUUGAUGCAGCACAUAGCUGGUGCAUUCGACUUAAACAAAACUCAUCUAAGCUACAACCGAGUAUUUUGAUCAUUUGUAUUUUAUUCAUAGUACAGUGCAUUUCAAUAUAUGAUAAUAAUAUGCUGCUAUAGAUAAUGGGUGUUUUUCCAACAAAAUACUUUAUUUGAUAUGCACCAAAAACAAUGCUUAGUGAAAACAUCACUAGCAUUACUCAUAACAAUGCACUUGCCUUCAUAGAUAUGUAUUCACAUGUCCUUUAUAAUAUUUUAUGUAAAAAAAAAAAAAAGUACUCUAUAUUUAUUGUAGGAUAAGCUUUGUAUGAUUUGUAAAUGGAAUUGU